AUGCUGCAACUUGCAAUUCAAGCAGAAUCACCCCACCGCUGGAGUGUGCAGAAUACGUCCCACGCCACAAAGGGUUCCUCAAACCACAAUGGUCUCUGCCGCCAAGAAGGUUUUGUAUCCCCUCUCCCCCCUGGCUGCCACAACUUCACCGUCAGGCGGUACCACACGAGGGACUACACCAUCAGGCGGUACCACACGAGGGACUACACCAUCAGGCGGUACCACACGAGGGACUACACCAUCAGGCGGUACCACACGAGGGACUACACCAUCAGGCGGUACCACACGAGGGACUCCACCAUCAGGCGGUACCACACGAGGGACUACACCAUCAGGCGGUACCACACGAGGGACUCCACCAUCAGGCGGUACCACACGAGGGACUACACCAUCAGGCGGUACCACACGAGGGACUACACCAUCAGGCGGUACCACACGAGGGACUCCACCAUCAGGCGGUACCACACGAGGGACUACACCAUCAGGCGGUACCACACGAGGGACUACACCAUCAGGCGGUACCACACGAGGGACUACACCAUCAGGCGGUACCACACGAGGGACUACACCAUCAGGCGGUACCACACGAGGGACUACACCAUCAGGCGGUACCACACGAGGGACUACACCAUCAGGCGGUACCAUACGAGGGACUACACCAUCAGGCGGUACCACACGAGGGACUACACCAUCAGGCGGCACCACACGAGGGACUACACCAUCAGGCGGCACCACACGAGGGACUUCACCAUCAGGCGGCACCACACGAGGGACUUCACCAUCAGGCGGUACCACACGAGGGACUUCACCAUCAGGCGGUACCACACGAGGGACUACACCAUCAGGCGGUACCACACGAGGACUACACCAUCAGGCGGUACCACACGAGGGACUACACCAUCAGGCGGUACCACACGAGGGACUACACCAUCAGGCGGUACCACACGAGGAGCUUCACCAUCAGGCGGUACCACACGAGGGACUUCACCAUCAGGCGGUACCACACGAGGGACUACACCAUCAGGCGGUACCACACGAGGGACUUCACCAUCAGGCGGUACCACACGAGGGACUACACCAUCAGGCGGUACCACACGAGGGACUACACUAUCAGGCGGUACCACACGAGGGACUACACCAUCAGGCGGUACCACACGAGGAGCGCCACUAAGCAGGCCCGCUGGCUUCUUCCAUAAUGCAAGACGGAUUUAA